AUGUGUAUAAAAGGCAAGUUUUUUUUAAAUGGAUUUUGUCGUAAUAAAUCUAUUGAUGUAUUUUCAAUACUUAGGUUACCUCAAAGAAAAAACAUGUAUUCUCAUUACACAUCAGAUCCAAUUCCUGGCCAAUGUAGAUCACAUUUUGCUAAUGGAAAAUGUAAAUCCCAAUUUAUAUGAUUAUAUUAUAAUUAAUAGUACAAAGCGCAUAGCUAUUAUAAGACAACAAUUAUAAUUUACUUUAAUUGAAAAUGUUCUUAUUUUUCGUUCAAGGCUAGUAUUAAAUCUACCGGAUCUUAUCACGAACUUAUAGACUAUGGUUUUGAUUUUUCAAAAUUGCUCGGAUUUCCAGAAGAAACUAUUGUCGAAUCGCAUAUAAAAUGUGAAAAUGCAAAUAAAAAAAAGCUGAAUACAAACCAUACUUUAUCGCGUUCUGGAGAUAAUAUUAAAUCAUUUAUUAACAGAGAUACAGUAAAACCUAUGAAAGAAGAAGAGGCCCAUUGUUCCGGACAUGUUUCGAAAAAGAUUUAUCUAUCGUAUUAUUCUUCCUGCGGGAGCAUUAUUAAAAUUGUUUUUGUAGUACUUAUAUUUACUUUAGGUCAAGUAAUAACUGCAUUUGAUGAUAUAUGGAUUAGUGUUUGGUAAUACAGAUAUAAUUUUUUAGCGUACACACUUGUAUACGCGUGUAAAAUGCAUUUAAAGUAUAGUAAUACAUUUUUAGGGUAAACGAAGAAGAAAAUAUUUUUCGCAACGUGAACAAUACGAUUUCACUCAACAGUACGUUAAUGGAUCACGGUUCAUUUGAUCAGAGAAAUAAUUGGACAUCAAAUUUGCGCUUUAUCCGUAUAAUAGUAAAUACCGUUAUUACUGUGGCAUUCGUAAUGAUUAUNCGGCGUGCACAAGUGCUUCAAUAAAUUUACAUAAUACAAUGUUCAACGCUGUAACUAGAACGUCUAUGCAUUUUUUUCACACUAAUUCGUUAGGUAAUAAUAAAAGUUGAUACAUUGCCUACAUUAUGAUACAUUUAUGAUAAUAUAGAUAUUUGUUUAUAAAGGACGGAUUUUUAAUCGUUUUUCAAAGGAUAUAGGCGCCAUCGAUGAAAGUUUACCAUUCAUUUUAUUAUACUGUUUACAAGUAACGAAUGAUUAUGCUAAACCGAUAUAACAAUUGUACAAAGGCACACAUAAAUUUAAUUAUUAAAAUGUUUUAUUUGUUAACAUAUAAAUUAGACGACAGUGAAAAUUGCGGGAAUCAUAUUUAUUGUCGGACUAGUUAACAUAUUUUUUACGAUACCGUCGAUUAUUAUUUUAGUACUUUUUUAUUAUUUAAGAACGCUCUAUUUGCCGACAUCUCGAAGUGUAAAGCGUCUUGAAGGAAUCGGUAUCAACACAAUUAUUAUUUUAUUAUUGUUUAAUCAUGCAAUAUUCUACCUAAUUUAUGAUUUUUGAAAUUUAAAAAAUACUUGUUUCAUACAUUUUCAUUAGCUCGAAGUCCUAUUUAUGGACAUUUGGCUGCUUCUGUACAAGGAUUAAUCACAGUACGAGCACAUAAAACAGAGAAAUUCCUAAUUCAAGAAUUUGAUAAACAUCAAGUACGUAUAUAUACAUUAUUUUAUUGAAAUUUAAAUAAAUAAUAAUACGAAAUGUUUUAUUUUCAAAUCAUAAAUACCUAUUACGGCCUUUCAAAUCAUGCUUAGAAUCUGCAUAAAAUCGUUUUCCGUUGGCAAUGAUUAUUCGUUGGGUACAGAAUACAGAUACAUAUUAAAUAUCCCCUCUACGUUUCCGACUUUUUACUUAUAAUAGCGGGUCAUUAUCGUGGGAAGAAUGUCCGUUUGAUUUUAAACUUUCUAUAUUUUAAAUAAUACUCGUAGUUUUUACUAUAAUAAUAUUUUGUAUCUUUUGUAUCUUUUUUAAUAUUAUAAUCAUAUUACAAACUGUUUAAUUUUUUAUUUAAAACGCAGGACUUUCAUUCCUCUGCAUGGUUUACGUUUAUCUCUAUAAAUCAAGCAUUUGGUUUUUGGACCGAUUACGUCUGUUUAAUUUAUAUGAGUAUUGUAACUUUAAGCUUCUUAUUUAUGGAAAAAUGUGAGUUUUAGAAAAUCUAAAUAGUCUGCACUGUUACGUAUAAUAUUUGAAUGUCUUUUCAGAUAUUACUGGAGCUAAUGUCGGAUUAACUAUAACUCAACUAAUUUCUCUUGUUGGAAGUGCUCAGUGGGGAUUACGGCAAUCAGUGUUAUUAGAAAGUGAAAUGACCUCUGUCGAAAGAGUCAAUGAAUACUCAAAUUUGCCACAAGAAACUACACUUCAAUCUGCACAGGGUAAUUCUGGAUUAACAUCCAAUUAUAUUAAACAUUUGUAAAUGCCAUAAUGCAUAUAAUGCUAUAGCUUAUCAAUAAAUCACUGGUAAUAUUUUAAUUAGAUAAAUUUUCAUCAAAAGGAUGGCCAAAUCGAGGGAAAAUUAUGUUUCAACAUUUUAGCUUACGGUACAGUAAAGAUGCGCCAAACAUUUUAAAAAAUCUCAAUUUUACUAUUGAACCAAAAGAAAAGGUAAAUUGAGUUUAUUUAGAAUACACUGGUUAAAAAACUAGUAAAUUUAAAAAAAUAUAUUAUUCAUCGUACAAUUAGGUUGGGAUUGUUGGUAGAACUGGCGCUGGGAAAUCUUCCAUAAUAGCAGCACUGUUUAGGUUAGCGUUUAAUGAAGGUAAAAUCUUUAUUGACGAAACAGAAAUACAUUCACUGGGAUUACACGAAUUACGAUCAAAAAUUUCCAUCAUACCCCAAGAACCGAUUUUGUUUUCCGGAACUAUGCGAACCAAUUUAGAUCCUUUCGGUGAAUACCCUGAUCAUACACUUUGGGAUGCUUUAGACAAAGUAAUGGAAAUGAUCCGAAAUUGUUGUUUUUGUUAUUUAGGUUUAUUUUAUUUUUGUCUAUAGAUAGAACUAAAAAGAACUAUUGAGAAUUUACCUGGUGGUCUAGAUACGAAAAUGUCCGGAAGUGGUUCCAAUUUCAGUGUUGGUCAAAGGCAACUAGUAUGUUUGGCUAGGGCAAUUAUUCGAAAUAAUAAAAUUCUCGUUUUGGAUGAAGCCACAGCAAAUGUUGAUUUACAGUAAUAAAGAUAUGAAUCUAAAAUAAGUUUAUAGAUUUAAUAAUAAUAAUUUCAUUAAUCUUUUUAAUUUCUCAGAACUGAUGCAUUAAUUCAAAAUACAAUACGGAACCAUUUUGAAACGUGUACAGUAUUGACGAUUGCUCACCGCUUGAACACUGUUAUGGAUUCUGACAAGAUUAUUGUAAUGGAAGAAGGACGUAUGGUUGAAUUUGAUCACUCAUAUAAUUUGUUAAAAAAUAAAGAUGGCUAUUUCUAUAAAAUGGUAGAACAAGCAGGACAAUUCACAGCUAAUUCGUUUAAACGUAUAGCUGCAGAAGUAGAACUUAUAACAGUAUCAUCGUAAUAUUUUUCUUCAUUUUGUGUUUGAUAUACCUUCAUUAAUUGUAUGUUGUUGUUUUUUUCUUUUAGAGCUACAAAUCUAUAAAGACAAAACUGUUAGUGUGA